AUGGGACUUCAGUAUCUUUCUACAGUUUCCGAAGUGAGAAGAAAUCUAAGGAAAGAAGGUAAAUUUGGAUAAAUGCAUGUUGUCGAGUCGACAAGUUCGUCUGUCGGAAAGACAGCUAUAUAUGCGGUUUUCAUUUUAUUGUCGAAAAUGGACCCACAGCGGAUUAUCCUGAUCCGAUACGAGCUACAGCUGAUGGGAAUAAAGUAAGUUAUAUUUUAUAAUCAAUAUAUUUGCUUUUCUACUAAUGACCUGGCAUGGACCAGAUGUUACACUCUCGCGAUUAUGCAGUACAUCCUCCAGCGAAUACAAACAGGCUGCGAUGUGCUUGCAGCCUCUAUAAUCUUCGAAUGAUUUAUAUGAGGCAAGUCCCUGUUUAUCAUACUCAGCUGAGCUGUAUAUUAAAUAGUUAAAAAUAUACAAACCGAAGGGUGGCUAGCCUGCGAACAGGCUCACUGGGAGAAAGGUGAGCCUGCACGGAACCAUGCGUUUUAUUCAAUCAUCCCCUUUUCGCAUCUGCUAAACGCGAACCAAUCAGCGUCGACUGCGAUAAAUAAACUGUCAACUGUCAAAUUGACGCAAGGCGUGUACCAGGGUGCGAUAAUUCGCGUACCAACGUACCGGAGGUACGCCAAAUUUAUGGUCUGGUACUUCUUUGUUUUUAGGCAAGUACCACGUAGGUACGCGGAAAUUUGCUGUUCGCGUACUUACAUUUUCCUUCUAGCAAUAACUAGCAGACCUGCCAAAGUAUUCAAAACUGUAAACUGAACUUUAGCUGUACAUGUAAAAUUCCACGCAUCCGACAUAUUUUGGGAUGAAAAAAGCCAAAAGGUUAUCUUUGCGCUUGAUCAAAAAAUUUAUCGUCAUUGUCCGACUGAAAAAAAUCGCUCGUGUGAGCGAUUUUAAAACCGUUAUCGUCAAACGCCGAUAAUUUUAUCGUUUUCGUUGUAGUGUGGACACCAACUUACAUAAUUUUUUACCAAUCAUCGCGUGUUUACAAGUUACAAGUAAUUGUCAAUGCUAUUACCAAGGUCUAAAAAAAAUACCUGCGGUUUUCCGACCGACCCUAUGUUUUUCUGCCCACCCUAUUAUUUUUUUCAACACGAUUGACCGUGCGACGUUUUUUUAGGCCCAAUGAGGAAAACUACACUGUAUGUAGCUGAGGUCAGACUGUUAGCACCAUCGGUAAAUCCACUGUAAAUGAGCGACGGCAUUCGAGUCACAACGUCGAGGCUUAUGUUAUACAAAUACCAUAAUUAAAGAUUCAUUCGUACAAAAUUGCACAUACAUUUUUUGCUUUUGGACCAGUAAACUAUACAUAUAGGUAUAAAAACGCCUGACUCGGAAGUAGUCUUAGGUAGGUCUUGACUGUCAAGUCUGUACCAGAUCAGGUACGCGGCAAAAAUUGUCGGAGUACCAGUCAGGUACGGCUAAAAAUAUUGAAUUAUCGCACCCUGCCGGUGUACAAGAAAUACUGAAUAUUAAAAUGUAUACAUAAUGUUAUGUGAACAAUAAUACAAAGCAUUAGCGGGCCGCACAAUAUAUUACUCGGAAAAAUAUAGAAUUCUUCAAAUAUUAAAUAGAUAUCAAUACACAUACAAAUAUAAAGCCGAAUAAAAUACUACCAUUGGCAUUGAAUGUACAGUAAUACUUGUACUAUGUGCGACUGAAAGAACAAUGUUCUGAAUAUUUGAAGCUAUUACUAAAAUACGGUCAGAUAGAUUGGGGUUUGGAAUACCAAAUACGUCUAAAAUUUUACUAACUGUGGUCUAAAUAAAUGAUAAAUGAGCAUGUAUUUAUUAAUUUCUUCGAAAUCACGAGUGUGCCAAUAGUGGAAGCCGUAUCGACGACGAAAUUGUCAGCAGUUUAUACAGUUAAUAGUACAACGUUUAAUGUACGAUAUAUAUUUAUCUAAAUGACAUGCCAGCGAGGAUCAACAAUAUAAUUAUUCGUACAUAUUUGGGUAUCUUUUGUAUGCCUUCGCUUGCUGACUUGCUCACUAAUGAGAAUAAUCCGUGAAGCCACGACGACCUCAAAAUGUAGUACUAUAGUCUGAUGUCAAUCCGAAGACGAAGUUCAGAAUACUGUUAUAGUAUUGAAUUUAAGCGAUAGAUUCAAGUCAUUUAUGAUAUACUUUUUUGCUGUGAUGCUUUGCUAUUGCUUUUGGUUUCCAUUUCUAGUGUUAUUUGUUCGAUAGUCUUAUAAUAUAUAAUAUAAUAUUAAAAUGAAUAAAGUUCAAAUUCUUCAAAAUGCUGUUGUUGACAUUUGCUAUUUUUAGUAAUUUUGUCAACGAGUGUAAGCCAAUCAGAAGCCUGCGUUUCUAUACGAACGCCACUACCAAGAAAACCUAUAGUUCCGUGCAGGCCCUCUAUUCUUCGCGCCGCCCGCAACCCAGGGCCUGUUCGCAGGCUAAAGGGUGGCGAAUCUAUAAAGUCGUUCACGACUGGAUAUAACAAUGGCUGACGUAUCACCAUAUCAUGAAUAAUAAGUGUUUCUCUUGCGUUCUUGAGAUCCGAAUUUCCAUAUUCAUGAUUUGGGUCAAUCGGCAACAUCAUUUUCUCCACUGCUUGAGCAAUUUGAAGUAAAGCAGGUUUUAAAUAGCCGCUUGCAGUAACGCUACGCAUUUUCAAAUACUCCUUUAGUUCGGCAACAGUCAUGUCCGAAACACGCUUAUUCUCCUUAUCCAUACAACAAGACAUUUUUCUCUUCGGUAUAUUACACUUACAGGAGUUAAAAUAUACCCACAAAUAGAAAAAUACAACUUUCAAAUCGUCCUUAUUUUGCGAUAUUUUCGCUUGUUUAUAUCGGGCACGUGUAUACACUUUGAAUAGCGGAGUGCGAAAGUUGUCCGAAAAAAUGCAAAUUUGGUCACGUGACAGCAGCAUAUUUUUCAUCGCAGUAAACGUGGAUUAACUGUGCUUAGCCAUUCCUAACGCCAGUAACGGCAGUAAUGUAACAACACUCCUGGCUCUGAAUGUUUUUGCUGCCGACCGUAGGGAAGCAGCACACUAUUCUUGACGCUCAGGUGUGCAUGCAUUAGUGCCAAUCCCUUUGCCCAAGCUAUACAAAGCCAGCAAGAAUCUCGAUUUGCAACUCGAUUCGGAUGGAUGUUAGCUGCAAAAAGUUCAAGAUUACGAGUUGUUAUGGUGGAUUUAUACGGAUUUUAACGAUAAAAAUCAGUCAGGUAAAUGGCUUUAUUUCUUUCUGCUAACAUUAUAAUGUACAUCAAAACCUUGACCUUUUUAGUGUUCAAAAUAGAAGCAACCAAUUUGCUUUCAUGAGUUUAUAAAGCUCUGAAUAAUAGCUUAAUUAAUUGUCUUAGACCCAAAUGUUCAAUUUUUGUCUGUAGAUUAAACUUAGCAGACGCUGCUAGUGUUUCGGGCUGUACGAAUCUAUUUUACCUACUACAAUAUUGUACACAUGCACUUAAAAUUCUCACUCGUGCAGUUUGUCAACAAGAUAUCUUCGCAACAUGCAUGUACCACUGAAUCACUGAUCUCAUAGUGGCCUGUACUAGCAGGAGUGGCAGGCUUGUCAACAGGUUGAAAGUAACAGUGUUGUCAUUUUAUCAAGUUGCCUGCUGUGUGUUUGUUAUGUACAGUAAGUUGUGCGUUUUACGUGUGUAUUCCCACAUACAAAUUAUUAGAUAGACAAAUACUUAGAGCCCGCAAACAGCAUGCAUGAAAAUACAUCCAAUGCAGAACCUAUUGUUUGAAGUCGAUUAUUAUAAAGUAUAGUACACUUUGAUGGACUGGAAUGCUAGAGAAUAUCAUUUUUGUUUUGCUGUUUACCAAAAAAUAGAUUUGUUGAAGAGCUCCAGUACAAGAGCGAGUUCCUUUGGUGAAAUAACACAACUUUGAUGAGUUGACCAAAUAUCUAGGUCAUCAAUGGAAGAAGCUAAAACAGCUAAAACAUCUUAGUCUUUUGCCAUAACGACAGCAACAGGAUGCCUACUUUCAACCAUCUUUGACAUUGCAUUUUAAUUAAUAAACCCAUUCUCUGUUUUGUAGGUGUUUCCAGGAUGCUGUUUGCGAAUGUUACAUACAUUUGUUACAUGUAUGACAACUGCCAAAUGAGGCCAGUUUGAAAGAUAAUUUAACCACAAUAGCACACGAAAUAACAUUUAAUGGGGGGCAUGCAAAUGAAUUGCAUGAUGAUCAUGCUCAGCUUGUAGUCGAGACUUACAUUUAAAUGCUGGUUCACUAAAAAUUCACCUUUUGAAUUGCUUUUUAAACAAAUAUUUAAUAAAAAUGAUAAAUAACAAAAUAUAACGCGGCCAUGUGUUUUCCGUUCUUUUUUCCCACUAAUUAACGUAGCUUUAUAUAUAUAUCACCAAAAUGGCGUUAGUAUGUCAUCUGUUCGUUUUCGCUCCGACAUCUCCUCCUCCCGGAUUUCUUGUGAUCCGCCUUCUAAUAAUUUCAAAAUUCCAAUGGCGAUACGCGUCCAAUGGACCGUCUGUAGAUCUUAUCAUUUUCUCUCACUACACGAACAUUACCGUCCUUUCCAGGCUAAACUGCUUCAAUCUUCCCCAAUUUCCAUUGUAGUCUCGGUAUUCCUGGAUCGAUAGCUAAUACCAUAUCUCCUUUCUUGACAUUAUCUUGCGUGUUAAACCACUUUGAUCGGGACCCAAGACUUAUAAGGUACUCUUGCAUCCAGCGUUUCCAGGUUUGGGUAUAAGCUCCUGCACGCGCCUCCAACGUUUCUUGGGAUUAAACGGUGUGUAGUCGACACUCUCUGGCGCAACAUCACCUCCUGGUUGACCGAUUAAGAAGUGGUUUGGUGUUAACACUGGUACGUCGUUUGGAUCUCCGCUAACAUGAGUCAAAGGACGUGAAUUCAUCACACUAGACAGAUUUAGAUCGAGGACGUCGACGUGAAGAGGACGCGGGAUGGCGUCAUAUGCCGCGAAAGUGUGGCGUUGUCAUCGAUGGCGACGUCGUCUUAGCACUUUUCAGGACGUCAAAAUCAAUCUUUCACGUCGUGUUUAGGACGUCAGUUUUUUCUUGAUUUUUUAAAGACGAAAAAGGUAUGUACAUGAUAAAACUUGCAUCAGUGAUGUUGGUAAUCUAUUAUUUUUCUCUAUUUUCGAAAUAAUAUGAACGUAUGAUGUUUAAUAUGCGCAUAAUUAACAUAGUAAGACGCACCAAAUUUGUUUCCGGCUUUACGGAAUAUGGCUAAUCAUGUCUCAAAACAAACACAACAAGAAACAACAUAUUGUGUAGUUUGAUGCCGAUAAGAACGACAUUACUUAUCUAACUUUUAAACUUGCAUUUUAUUAUUUGAUAUAUCGUUUUAUGGGCAAUCGUUUUACAGUUGAUAUUCAAUCGAUUUUAUUUACUUUUUAUAGUUUUGUAAUUUGUAUUGCUGUAUUUAUAAAGUACAAUAUUGAAAGUAUGUACUGUAGUAAUAAAAUAGUGCAAUGUUUUUUGUUAUCUUUUUAGGGGCAGCGAUGUCUGUUUUACAACUGGAAGAGAACAAGAAAUCUCCGAAGAAAAGGUAAACAAAUCAAACUAACUUCAACAAUGGUAGAGUAUUAAACACUUGAAUGAAUGAUGACUUCACUUGGUGUGUAGAACUAGUAUGGUGUGUUGGGUUUAUAAUCCAAGUGAGUACAUUCGCAAUUUAAGACCUGACCAGGAACGAUUGCAGAAAAUGCAACACUAGGUUCUCUGGUAUUAAAAAAUCGAAUCCAUAGCCUUGUGAUUCCAGAAAAAUUGAUAUUGUUUGUUUACAUUUAUAUUCACUGUUUCUAGCAUGGUAUGGUUAAAGGCAAAAGAUCUAAUCCUACUGAAAGAAAUUGCAGCAGAAGGUGUUAUGUCAAAUAAACCCCGGUCCAGAGAGCGUGGUAUGCAGUGGCAAAGAAUUGCCGUUAACAUCACUGCACUAGGGCAAGGAGUCACAUCACGGGCAGUCAGAGAUCACUACAAUGUGAUGGCAAAAUAGUAUAGGGCAAGAAUGGCACAAGAAGAAAGAUCAACGGGUGAAAGUGGAGGCUGAAAGUUUGUUGGAGGAAUUGAUCCAUAUUGAAGGGGAGAUGGAAAGACAGGUUGAAAGUGAAAAUGAAGAAAACCAACAAAGGAUUGAACAAGAGCGAGGUCAGGCACUGGAGAUGAGAGAACGGGCAAUGGAGACACUUGGACAAACUAGGAAGAGGACAAGACAGAACGGUGAAGGUAGUGGAAAAGAACAAAAGAGGAGAAUGUCAGGAGACAUGAUGAAAUGGUUGCAAGAAAGGGUAGAGUUGGAGAAAGAAGAAAAAAAGGCAAAACGAGAAGAAGAAAGAGAAUACCAUGAAGUUCAGAGAGUCCAGCAAGAAGAGAUGACGCAAGCCAUGCACCAGACACAACAACAGUUUGCGAUGCAGAUGAAGCUGUCUGACCAGUUCGUGCAGCAACAAUUGCAGCAACAACAACAACAACAUCAACAGCAUCAACAAGAAUUUAACUUUCUACAGCAGCAAAUGAUUGCUAUCAUGCAACAACAGCAACAGCAAACAAAUGUGUUGGUAAAUUUGUUGGAGAAAAAAUUAUAG